AUGGCGUCCUCUCACCCGCCUGCUGGCUCGUUGACUUCACCGUCGCACGUGUGCUGGUGGCAGGAGACCAAGGAAGCUCGUCCCAUCUACGUCCAGGCCCACCUUAUCUCUCCUCGCCUGCAUCUACCUUCAUCCUCCUCCUCCUCAGUGCCCAAGAGCGCGCUCAAGGUUUCUGAAUGCUCCCCUGCUCCUGCCUGGCGAGCCAACCUUCCUCGGAGCCCGCGAGAAGAGGAUAGCAGCACCUUGGCGAUGGCGGUGGCGAUAUCAGGAGGGCUGACGAGCUCGCUGGCGAUGUUGGAGGACAUCAUGCGGGAGACGCAGACGUCCAACGACAACUCCCGCGACAUCCAGCACGCCAUGGACGAGCAGCACAGGCAGCUGCUGUCCAUGAAGAAGCGACUGCAGCAAGUCGCGCAGCCCCUCCUCGUCAGCAGGGCUGACGAGGAGGCGACGAGCAAGACGGCUGAGGUGCACAGCGAGCUGGGGUCGUGCAGGAGCGAGCUGGGGUCGUGCAGGAGCGAGCUCUCUCGGUGCCGACGUGACCUCACGCUCCAGCUGGCGCUCAGCGAGAGGAUCAGCAAAGAGCUGGAAGACACUCAAGGGGUAGCGGAGGAGAUGCGAGUGAAGCUGAGGGAGAAGGAGGAGGAGAUGCGAGUGAAGCUGCAGGAGAAGGAGGAGGAGAUGCGAGUGAAGCUGCAGGAGAAGGAGGAGGAGAUGCGAGUGAAGCUGCAGGAGAAGGAGGAGGAGAUGCGAGUGAAGCUGCAGGAGAAGGAGGAGGAGAUACGAGUGAAGCUGCAGGAGAAGGAGGAGUUCCGUGAGCUGAGGCUGCGGCUGGUGGACAGCAAGGAGAACAGCAAUAGCAACUUGUCGGAGAGCAAGCGAGGUGGAGGACGAGCUGCGUGA